AAAGAAAUUUCAAAAUUCAAAUCAAUCAAAUGCUAAUUAAGUAAUACAUUCGUUGGGCCCAUUUUUUGGAUUUAGGCAGUGUUUUGCCCUUACUAACGUCUGAUGGUGGUUGCCAUAAAGGUUGCACAGGUUGCACUGUUGUUGCUCGCAUCGAUGGUGCCCCGAAGAAAUUAGCCUACGCGCGCUAUACGCUAUGGUCUACGUCAUCGCAGUUUAACAGUACACUGUACAGUACUAUUUCAAUUUUUUCCAGUUUUUCAGUUUUUUCAGUAGUAGCGAAAUUGGAACUUCGAAGUUAUAAAAACAUCGAUCAGAUGUUCUAUACCUUCCUUUGAGCUACGAUAUUAGCCAUAAUAUAAUGUCUGGGAAGCGUUCACAUUAAUUAAUUUUGCCACCAACAUCAAUUCGGAGCUUCUGAGUGUUCCUGAAAUAGAUUAAUACUUGAUAGUGCGCUUUUCCAACCCUACGUGGAAAUCUGGAUUGCGAGUGUUUUUUUCCCUAUGUAAUAUGUGGAUUUGCUCAUGAUCAGCGAUUAAUUAUUGUUCCUUGCAUCAAAGUACCUGCUACGAGGAAGGGAGCGACGUUAUAGAUAAGCGGACGGGGACGCAAGCUGAACAGCUGUGCAGUCUGUCCCGAGAAUUUGGAUCGCUAGCGAAUACGAUCACUAAAAGUACUACAUCCUUUUUAUAACGUCUUUCUCCGCUUAAAUUCCACAUACACAGGCGUGUAUAACUCCGAGAACGUUACGAUGGGCGGUUUGAUGAGCUACUUUAAGAGUCUGUUCGGCCAGCGGGAGAUUCGCAUCCUCAUCUUAGGCCUGGACGGUGCAGGCAAAACCACCGUUCUCUACCAGCUGCAAGUGGGCGAAGCCGUUACCACCAUUCCCACCAUUGGUUUCAACGUGGAAACAGUGACGUAUAAAAAUUUAAAAUUCCAGUGCUGGGAUCUGGGGGGACAGGCGUCCAUCAGGCCUUACUGGCGCUGUUACUACGCCAACACGGACGCCAUUAUCUACGUGGUGGAUAGUGCGGAUCAUGCGCGUAUGGGCAUUUCCAAGCAGGAACUGGUGCAUAUGCUGGAAGAGGAGGAGCUCAAGUCGGCGGUGAUUGUGGUGCUGGCCAACAAGCAGGAUCUCCCACAGGCAAUGUCCGUGGCCGAUGUCCAUAAGGCGCUCGGAUUGGAUGCGCUCAAGAAUCGCACAUUUCAGAUUUUUAAGACAUCUGCUAAGAACAACGAAGGCCUCGAGCCGGUUAUGGAGUGGUUAGUCAAUGCUUUGAAGGUGGCGCAGUGAUUGGAUGGAUCUGUUUUUUUUUGCAGGACGAUUUUUCGCGCGAUGUAUUUUGAUUUUCCUUAUCCACGAAAGUAAAAUUUCUUAAUUUGGGUACAUUGAUUUUAACAUCAGGAAUUAAUAAGCCAACAAAGUUGA